UUCAAUCCAAAACCUCUAAAAAGUAUAAAAAAAGCAUAACAAUCUCCAAUUCUUUUUUCCUAAUAAUCUUCACAACUUCCUUUUCAUAAUGCACCUUUUAAAAAUCUAACCUUAUGGUGUCACAUCACAUUCAACCUUAUGCAGUUAAUUAAGGAUCAUGCCUUUUCCAUCGUGUACCACACGCACCUAUCAUGCGUGUGCUUAAACCUCAAACAUCAAAGCAACAUCAACAACAACAUUCAACAGCAACAUCAUCAACAACAAGGACUAUGUUAAUGUACCUUUGAAGAGUGUUCUAUUCUAUUCUAUUCUGUUCUGUUUUGUUUUGUUCUUUUCAAGCAUUUUCUUUGAUGGGUAGGCUUGCACCAUUAUCAGAAGAACCUUUCAAUGAAGAAAAUGAAAGAAGAAACAAUAACUCUAAGAAAGGUUUUCAGUUAUGGAUGAAGUGGAAUUGGAUCAAGACCCAUUUUUCUUUUGUUUUCAACAAGAAAUCUAACCUUAAGAUGCUUCUUAGUGUUCUUGGUUGUCCUCUUUUUCCUGUUCCUGUUCAUGCCAAAUUACCCCUUAAUGAGGUUUCGUCUUCGGCGCAGUAUAUUAUACAACACUUUACAGCUGCAACAGGGUGUAGGAAGAUGGAGGGGACAGUGAAGAAUGUGUUUGCUACUGGGAAAGUGACAAUGGUUGUCGUGGAUGAGCUUGGAUCGGUUGGUGGUGGCAGUGUUAAUGGAGUUUCGGAAAAAGGGUGUUUUGUGAUGUGGCAGAUGGUUCCUGAUAAUUGGCAGAUAGAGAUUGUUGUUGGUGGCCAAAAGGUUCUUGCUGGUAGUAAUGGGACUAUUGCUUGGCGUCACACGCCUUGGCUCGGCGUGCACGCUGCUCAAGGUGGCGUCCGUCCUCUUCGCCGUGCUCUUCAGGGACUAGACCCUUUAGCAGUAUCAGCUGUAUUCAGUGCAGCACAACACAUGGGAGAGAAACAAAUCAACGGCGUGGAUUGUUUCGUACUAAGACUCUCGGCCGAUCAGAAAGACCUAGUCGAGCGAAGCGACAACACGGCCGAGAUGAUCAAGCAUGCUAUAUUUGGUUAUUUUAGUCAAAGAAAUGGACUUUUAGUGCACUUGGAGGACUCUUACUUGACAAGGAUUCAAGCAAUAGGGACAAAUCCUACAUAUUGGGAAACAUCAAUGUCAACGAAAAUCGAAGACUAUAGAGAUGUUGAAGGUGUUAUGAUCGCGCAUUCUGGAUCGACGACCGUGAUGAUAACACGGUUUGGUGAUAAUCUUAAGGAUGGACCGGCGAUUACUAAGUUGGAAGAAUCAUGGAGUAUUGAUGAUGUUGCAUUCAAUGUUCAAGGGUUGUCUAUUGAUUGUUUCUUGCCACCUCAAGAACUUAACAAAGAUUGUCCACAACAACAUCUUGAUUGGAAAUCAUCCUUGCAUAGAUGAUGUAUAUUAUAUCGAAAAUUGUUAUGGUUGUGUUUUUUGUGUUCUACACGGCUCGAGGGAUUAGUAGCUCGUGCGUAAGGAUACCCGAUUUAUAUGAGAAAACAAUACUAAUUGUUACUUAACAUGUAUAAUGAAUGGUUUUGUAAUUGUAAUACAGUACUAACCCAUACAUUCUGGGCGUAGUAUAUGUAAACUUGAUUUUGAGUUUGUUGUGAGGUAUGAGAUGAAUGCUGAUAAGAAAUUGAAGUAUGCAUCAGUUACAAAGUUAUUGAAACCAUUAUAUAGUGUGAAAGAACAAUUUUACAUUA